UAGGGCUCUUAGAUAGAUUCAUUGCCAACCUCCAGCGAAAGCCGCUUCCCGGACAUCGAGGUCACACCUGGCUGAGACCCAAUCUACUGCUUCACUUAACCAAACCUGACCCGGCAACCAGUGGCGUCGAUAAAACCGAGUCUUGGGACCUCGACCUGCAUAUUUGUGCAGGCUACACAAGAGUCGAUCGCAGAAAGUUGGCUUCGUCGAGUUUCCAUAGGGACUCGGCAGAUUAAAUCGGGGGGUUAGCCUGCAGCACCUGCCGCUCCUGCCGAUAAUUGCGUUUAACCAGGGAACACAGCCGAGCCACUCACAAGAAAAUUACCCCACCAUACCUACUACAUAGUAAUGCCCGGCCAAAUAUCCUCACCCACCAUGAUCCACCGAGGUCUCACUAGUCUGGGUGGUCUUCCAUUCCCGCCUGUGGAGAAUCCCUUCUCCGACGAAGUUGACAGCGCCUUGCCCGCUAACCGAGACCGACCCAAGAGCUCGAGCGCCGCUCUUAAAGACGCUCCCGCGCUGGACAACCUUUCCAUCGACACCGUCACCGCCCUCGCUCGAUCCGGUCGCUCCGAUGUCCAGCCUCAAGAACCCACUUUCCUUGCCACGCUCCCGCUAGGCCAAUCUGGCUUCCCUCUUGACGACACUACUUCCUUCCUCAAGCCCGCGGCGCCCGCUGGGAACGGCCACCGUAAGAACGCCUCGAUAGAUUCUGUCCCUCGACAGACUAUUCUGAAAGCAUUGGCCUCGGUGGCCCGCCACAACAAACCGGAAGCCCUGUCUCUGCCCAGCAUGCUCUCCGCUCACCAACCCCACCGUCCCGGCGCCGACAAUCGGCCCUCGACAUCGUCUUCCCAGAAGCUGUGCGACGCCUUGAACGAUCUCGCCCAGGCGCAGAACCGUACCGCGACGCCGACAACCGCCUUUCCCUCGCUCCAAUCCCCCUGCUUCUACCACAAUCGCUUUGAGGAUGCCGUCGAUAUCGAUAAGGUGCUCGAGGAGAUCAAGAACGACGAGUGGAUGUCGCACUCGCGCCUCGUCCAGACCGCGACCGGCGUGCGCGAGGUAUCCAAGCAGCUGCAGCGACGGCCUAUCAAGCGUGCCGUGAGAAAUAUCAUGAUUGUCACCAAGGCGCGCGACAAUCAGCUUGUCCUCCUCACCAGGGAGGUGACCCAGUGGCUCCUCAGGACCCCCCGUUACGGGUCGGAUCUCGGCGUCAACGUCUUUGUCGAUGCUAAGCUGCGCAACUCGAAGCGCUUCGAUGCAAAUGGCAUCACGGACGAAAACCCUCGUUUCCAGUCCAUGCUCAAGUAUUGGACCCCCGACCUGUGCUGGAGCCAGCCCGAGAAGUUCGACUUGGUGUUGACGCUCGGAGGUGACGGAACCGUCCUCUUCACAUCAUGGCUCUUCCAGCGCAUUGUCCCACCUGUUCUAUCCUUCAGUCUUGGGAGCCUAGGGUUCCUGACAACCUUCGAAUUCGAGAGAUACAAGGACCACCUAAAACGCAUCUUGGGCGAUGAGGGCAUGCGUGUCAACCUGAGGAUGCGAUUUACCUGUACGGUCUACCGUGACGGUGCCGGCCAGGACCUGCAGGAGGGCGAGCAGUUUGAGGUCCUGAACGAGCUGGUCAUUGACCGCGGCCCGUCGCCCUAUGUCUCUAAUUUGGAGCUAUACGGCGACAACGAGCUCCUCACAGUGGUGCAGGCGGAUGGCUGCAUCUUCUCCACUCCGACUGGAUCCACUGCAUACUCUCUUUCAGCAGGUGGCUCGCUUGUCCACCCGGACAUACCGGCCAUCCUCCUUACUCCGAUAUGCCCCCACACCCUCUCCUUCCGGCCAAUGGUUCUCUCAGACACCAUGCUGCUACGGGUCACCGUUCCCCGCAACAGCAGAGCAACAGCCUACUGCUCCUUUGACGGCAAGGGCCGCGUCGAGCUCAAGCAGGGCGACCAUGUGACCAUCACGGCGUCGCAGUACCCCUUCCCGACCGUCGUGCGGACCGGCACCGAGUGGUUCGACUCGGUCUCCCGCACCCUGCGCUGGAACGUGCGGGCCGCGACCCAGAAGGGGUUCGACGCGGGCUGCAGCGGGGACGUCAGCGAGGACGGCAAGGAUGACGCCGACGAGGGCUGGGACAUCGACACUGACUCGGCCUGCUAUGCCAGUGAGGAGGGCAGUAGUGCCGCUAGCCCGCUGAGGAGGCAGAUGAGCCUCCUGGGCAUGUGAGGGUUACAAGACAAUUGGGCGUUUUUGUGUGUGUGGCGUUUGGCAUGGUGGGGAUGUGCGGUGUGACUUUGCCAACUUGGAUGACAUCCGAUCGAUGGGUUGAUCUCAACACAACACCCGGGAAGAUACUUUUUUCUUUCUUUUCCCGUGUUUUCUUUUCUCUUCUUGCUUCCUUUUUUUUCACCAUGCACAGCGAGAAAGCAUUGCACCGACACAUG